AUGAACACCUUUUCUGUCUCGGCCUUUGCGACCCGUAUCGCCGCUCGACCAUGGACGUGCUCGACUUGUAGAGGCCAAUUGCUGCGUGGCAAGCCUCUACAGUAUAUCACCUCGCGAAAUUUUGCUUCGGGGAAAGGUUCGAGAGGGAGCAAUGGUCGAAAAUCAGGCCCCAGACGACCUUUAUUAUAUGCCUCGGCCGGUGUUGGAACUAUAGGGGCAACCGCACUUGCACUGGGCGAUGAUAUCAAGAACAGUUAUGAAGCAGCAGAGCGUACGGGCAGGGUUGCGGCUGCGCUCGCUGUCUGUAUCAAUGAUUAUCGAACAACCCUGAAUGCGAGAGAAACGACCGAGGAUCACGACGAACAAGAGAAUAUGCUAAAGGCAUGUCAUAAACGAUGCGCCGAACGAACACUGGUUGUAUUGGAAAAGAAUGGAGGCAUCUUCAUUAAACUUGGCCAACAUCUCAGCGCCAUGAACUAUCUUCUGCCUUCUGAGUGGACCAACACAUUCAUACCGCUACAAGACAAAUGCCCCGUAUCCUCACUUGAAUCGAUUGAAGACAUGUUCCGCCAAGACACUGGAGAGGAGCUUUGGGAUUACUUCUCUGAUUUCGCCUCCGAGCCAAUUGGUGCUGCCUCCCUUGCACAGGUGCAUCUAGCGACUAUCAAGGGUUCGGACCAAAAGGUUGCAGUCAAGGUACAGCAUCCAGAACUUCAAGGUUGGGCACCCCUGGAUCUCGCUCUGACUCGCUAUACUUUCUCGACCUUGAAACGAUUCUUCCCCGAAUACGACCUCGAGUGGCUCUCUUCCGAGAUGGACGUUUCCCUUCCCAAGGAGUUGGACUUCCAAGAGGAGGCUGACAAUGCCCGUCGUAUGAAGGAGCACUUUGCAAAGAUACCACAGUUGCCACUGAUUAUUCCUGAGGUCAUCUGGGCCAAACAGAGGAUUAUCGUUAUGGCCUGUGAAGCUGGAAGUCGGCUUGAUGAUCUUGAGUACAUGGACAAAAACGGAAUCGAUCGUGACGAAGUCUCGGCCACCUUGUCCCGCAUAUUCAACGAGAUGAUUUUCGGCGAUGGCGCACCGUUACACUGCGACCCUCAUGGUGGCAACAUCGCGAUCCGCAAGAACACCAGUCGUCGAGGUCUUGGCCGUGGGCCAAACUUUGAUGUCAUACUGUACGACCAUGGUCUGUAUCGUGACAUCGAACUUCCCAUGCGACGAUCGUACGCCAAGAUGUGGCUCGCGGUUAUUGAUGGUGACAUGGACCGCAUGAAGAAGUAUGCCCACGAAGUUGCUGGUAUCGAGGACAAGGACUUUCCCCUUUUCGCCUCGGCAAUUACUGGUCGGGACUACAGCAUCGUUAGCAAGUCUGGAUCUAUUCUCGAGAAUCGAACAGCCGACGAGCAAAAGACAAUGAGUGGUGCUCUACAGGAGGGACUGAUCGUCGAUCUCGUUCAACUCCUCAGCCGUGUCCCCCGAAUCAUCCUUUUGAUCCUCAAGACGAACGACUUGACCCGCAGCCUGGACGAGAACCUCCAGACUCGCCAGGGCCCCAUCCGCUCCUUUAUGAUUCUGGCACGGUACUGCACAAAAACUGUUUUCCAUGAGAAGCUUGAAGAGAUCAGCCAAAACGGAUCGCUCUUGUGGCCUCUCAACGCUGUACGACUGAUCGCUGCAUGGGUCGGUUUCAUGCGCGUAGAGAUCAAACUGGAGGCUUUCGAGUUGUGGCUUUUCACGAAGAGAAUGCUGGGCAUGGGUAACGGAGAGUUCUCGGGGGCGGCGUUCCAAAAGUGA